AUGUCCUCGAAUUCUUGGACUAUUGCUAACUAUGAAUUUAGACUUGUUGCAAACGAACAAGAAAAAUACCUCACUUUUUCUUUAACUGGAUAUCCAAAUGAUAUGCUGAAAAUACAACUGGAUGGAAGCUCACCGAUUCAAUUGAUUGUUUCUAGCAAAAAAGUUUAUCAGAAAGAUCCUAUCUGCAGGAGAGAUGCUCCGUUCUUUGAAAGUAGAUAUGGUUUCAUGUCUCGAGAUGGAUUCAAGUUCAAAGAAAGCGAAAACAUGAGCUAUACUGAUUGUGAAUUGAAAUGCUGGAAUAAUUGUUCUUGCGCAGCCUAUAGUACCACACAUCUCCGUAUUGGUUGUGAGAUUUGGGGCAGAGAAGCAAAUUUCACAGAAUCUUACAGGGAAUUUGUCAAUUCACGAAAACUAUCUUGUUGCAAAAAACAAAAGGUGGUUUCCAUUAAAAAUUGCAGUAGGAACAACUUUCUUGGUUUCCCUGUUGUCCUACUUAAUCUAUUUCAUAUGGAGGAAAGUCAAGCCAAAAGGUUAGUCCUCAGUAAAAGAAAGCGAAAGAAGCUUUUACGUAUACUUCGACAGAGUUUUUUACUUAUCACCUCAUAUGGGAAAGAGAAAAGAGAAGAAAAAGGUCAUGGCAUAAACCACGAGUUGAAGAUAUUUGAUUUUCAAGUCAUUUCAGCUGCUACGGAUAAUUUCUCAACUCACAAUAAGCUAGGAGAGGGUGGUUUUGGUCCAGUUUAUAAGGGACAAUUACCAGAUGGACAAGAAGUAGCAAUAAAAAGACUCUCUAGAAGAUCAGGUCAAGGAAUUGUAGAGUUUGAGAAUGAAGCUAAAGUCAUAGCAAAACUCCAACACACAAAUCUUGUGAAGCUUUUAGGAAGCUGUCUUCAUGAAGAAGAAAGGAUUUUAGUUUAUGAGUACAUGCCUAACAAAAGCUUGGAUUUUUUUAUAUUUGGUAGGUCUCUUCUCUAA